UAGAAGAUAUCAAAUUAGAAAACAUGGAAGAUCCUGAAUUAGAAAGCAUGGAAAGUCCUGAAUUAGAGGACAUGGGAGAUCUCAAAUUAGAAGGCAUAGAAGGUCCCAUAGAAAGCGUUGAAGGCUCUGAAUUUGGAUGCUCUAAAUUUAGAGAAUUUUGA